GACACUUGACACGUUUUUAACUGUCAAGGUGAUCAGCUGAUUGCUGCCAAUUCCAAAUAUUCAAAAACAUCAAAUGAUUUAACAAAUAAACACAAUAAUAACAACAAUGAAAGGUGUAAUAGGUGUUGUAUGCUUAAUGAUGAAUUCGGUUUUUAGUCUUAGAAUUUAUAAUAAAAGUGAAAUAAUUAAGUUUAGGGAAGAGGUGAGAGAGAUGUUUAAUCACGCAUAUGACGGCUAUUUAAAAUACGCCUACCCCUAUGACGAAUUACGACCUUUAAGCUGUGACGGAGUCGAUACUUGGGGAAGUUAUUCACUAACACUUAUAGAUGCACUAGACACGUUGGCAAUUAUGGGGAAUUAUACUGAAUUCCAAAGGGUGGUGAAAAUAUUAACAUCAAAGGCCAACUUCGAUGCUAAUAUCAAUGUCUCGGUUUUUGAGACCAAUAUUAGAAUUAUUGGAGGAUUAAUAAGUGCACAUCUACUGUCACAUAGAGCAGGUGUUGAUGUUGAACCUGGGUGGCCUUGUAACGGUCCUUUGCUACGCUUAGCGGAAGACGUAGCCAAAAGGUUGAUAACUGCAUUUGAUACAAGAUCGGGAAUGCCGUACGGAACUGUAAAUCUACGUCAUGGAGUUCCAGUUGGUGAAACCGCUGUGACGUGCACUGCAGGCAUCGGUACUUUUAUUUUAGAAUUUGGUACUUUAAGCCGACUUACAGGCGAUCCAUUAUACGAAGAGGUGGCCAUGAACGCUAUAUAUUCGUUAUAUCAGCAGCGUUCCCACUUAGGUUUGUAUGGUAAUCACAUAGAUGUACUUACCGGUCAUUGGACCGCACAGGAUGCCGGAAUUGGCGCCGCCGUCGAUUCAUACUUUGAGUACUUGGUCAAGGGAAGUAUACUACUGCAAAAACCGGAAUUAAUGAAAAUAUUUUGGGAAGCGAGACGCUCUAUAGAUAAAUAUCUGAAAAGGGAAGACUGGUAUUUAUGGGUUUCUAUGACCAAGGGACAGGUUACGCUGCCGGUUUUUCAAUCACUCGAAGCUUACUGGCCAGGGGUGUUGAGCUUGAUCGGUGAUACCAGUUCCGCUAUGAAAACGUUACACAAUUACCACCAGGUGUGGCAACAAUACGGAUUUACGCCAGAAUUUUAUAACAUAGCCCAGGCCGAGGCCGGCGCAGAUAGAGAGAAUUAUCCACUGCGGCCAGAAUUAAUCGAAUCCAUCAUGUACUUAUAUCGUGCUACCGGCGAUCCGCAACUAAUAUCAAUGGGUGUCGAUAUUUUGCGAAGUAUUCAACAUAGCGCAAAAACACCUUGCGGAUAUGCCACUAUUAAGGAUGUGCGCGAUCACCGCAAGGAAGACAGAAUGGAAUCCUUCUUUUUAGCAGAAACUACCAAGUAUCUUUACCUUCUGUUCGAUACAGAGAAUUUUAUUCAUAAUCAAGGCGAUCAUGGUGUAGUUGUAAACACUCCAAACGGCGAGUGCAUUAUCGAAGCUGGGGGUUAUAUAUUUAACACAGAAGCGCAUCCAAUUGAUCCCAGUGCUUUGUAUUGCUGUCACGAUAAACCAAAAGAGAAGCUUUUCAAUUUUGACAGUUUAAAAGAGAUGAAGCAGACUUUCAGAGGUGAAACCCUUCAAGAACGCAAAACCAGUUUCAUCCCUCCGAAGGAAAACUGUGAAGAACUCGCCGAUGACACGCAGGAGAACAUACAAGUGGAGGUCAAAUCGAUCGUUGAUAAUAUAAGCGAAAUAUUAAGUAUAAAUAAAGGAACUGUCGAAGUGCUGGACGAUAAUUUAAAUACGAUUGUGAGGGAGUCAUUCGAUGAAAUCAAGUUAGCAGAGGCUGAUGAGAUCGAAAUUAAGGGAACGAUUGAAGUGGAAGCGCAAACACAAAUCAGUUUCAACGAUUCAUUAUUUAGAGAGGAUCUAGACAAGAAAAUUUACGAUUUAAUUCCCAGUAUUUUGCCUAAUGUCACUGUCCAAGCCCAAGUCAAGCAUGACCCGCAACUUAUGUUAGAAAGGAUCAGAAUUGAAAAGAAACAUUCCAAAUAUUCAUCAUGGCAGAAUGAGUUCAAUCUUUUAACUUGCAAGGCUCAACCGUUUUUGCAGAGGUUAUCAAUUAUGGGGGAAUUUUUUAAGAGUUAAUGUACCUAAAUAAUUUUAAGGGAACUAGUAAAAGACAAAGUGGAAACUUG